UUUUCCGAUCGUAUCGCCCCGCGUAGUCAUCGCUCCCGAACACACGAUCAACGAUAAAAAGCUUCAAUGUUGAUUUUUCGUCUCGUCGCCGACGCGACAGAGGGAUAAUUGCACGACUGUUUUCUCUCUUGUCUACAUACGCGAAAAAAACGGACGUAGAAAUUAAGGGAAAAAUUAUUUUUGAACGUCAAUUUCAGGCCGGUUCAGAAGAGGAAGCAAAAGGAACUUAUCUCCAUGUUCAUAUUCCACGUUCCCAUGCGAGGAAUUGUACCGCAGUAUAUUUCGUUUUAUAAAAUUAUACUUACUUUCCUUUGAUAUCCGUUAUUUAUGGCACGGCUGAGGGGACGCGAAUGAAGGCAUAAACCUUCGGAGUACUAAACAUAACCAAGGAAGGAUGUCACUCCUUUUGAAUCCCGCGAAAUCUGCUCAUCUGAAUGAUAACGAAACGGAAAAUUUGUUUCUUUCAGAGGACGAAAGCGAAGAUUAUAAUUUUAAGUACAUACCUGCAAAUCGUUUCAAGUACAUAGUAAAGGAUGUACGUAGACAGAGAUGCCGUGAGGAAGAAGAGAAUGUAUGGACUUCUUUCGUUAAACAGCAAGAGUUGAAUGGUUAUAAUAAAAAUGGUAUGCAGCCCUCUGUUCAAAAUAUUAAACAGCUGUUGGAUGAAGGCAUGAAAGAAGCGGAUAAAGAAUUUAAAAGAUUAGAGACGGAUAUUAUAUCUAAUAGGAUAAAAGAUUGCGGUAAAACUGGAAAUAAUAAAAAAAAAAAAUUAAAGGUAAAUAAUAUCAGGGAUUUAACUUCAAAGAAGAUGCCAGUUACGAGAGACACUGCAACAGGUAGCACCAAUUUACUACUUACAAUUUCUGAAGAGGAGAAUAUCCCAACUUAUGAGAGAAAACAAGAGCCUGAAUAUUUUAAAUCUUAUGUCAGGAAGUCUCGCUCAGGUCACGCGAUAUCGCGAAAGAAGCAAUCCUCGUCGAAGCAGCUUCAUCGUACGACUAAUGAUGUCGAGUAUAAUUCCAGUCCGGAAAGUACCACACGACGUCAGGACGAUGUCGCGGAUGGAGUUAUUCAUGUACGACCGGAUCCACUUACCAUGCGUAAAAUUCUGACAAUGCAGAGAAAAGUUUGCGAGCUACUGGACGAAAUUGCAUUCAGAUUGGGAAAUAUUCCAGCGCCGGAUGGCAUUAAAGAUUUACAGAGGCGGCAGCAGUGCGUUGCCGAAUUCGUUGUACGAUUCUCGAGAAAUUAUCUGUAUGAUCUCAAUAGAUAUGUGAGAGACAUUCAGAGACAUAUGUGUAUUAUAUCGCCGCGAGCGAUAAUAAGACCGAAUCACAGAAGCCUUGGACUUCAUAUGCACGCUAUUGAGCAUAAGUUACUCGCCGCUCAUCAGUUACUGCUGCAUGCAUUAGUUGCUUAUUGCAAACACAUUCCUAGUUCUAUUCUCAAGGGACAUCCAGGAAAGUUUAGAGAGAUAUUACAAGUAGUUAUCGAUUUAAAGACUAUGUGCGAUCGACUUCAUCUAAACUAUCUCGAUUCGGGGGACACAGAUAUUUUGUCGCUGGGAAAGGAUAUUGAGAGCAAAUGCAAUACUAUUUUAUCAAAGUUAAAACUUCAUGUAGAUAGCGAUCUCCUUGAUCCUAAUAAAACGUCAUCAAUGGCAUCCUUCACUCCGCAUUCGACAAAUAAAAAACGAUUCAACAGCAAACAGUUAUCUAAUCGUUUAAAUAUGUAUAGUGUGGAAAAUGUCAAAGCUCCUAAAAGUAAUCCUAAACAUAAGACAAAUUAUCAGAAGGAUAAAAGAUACAAUACAAUAGAUACACAUGUUAAAAAAAUUACUAACGAACCAAUAUCUAAUCGGCUAUAUACCAGUCCAGUAUCAUCCAAGGAUGCAAAUCAAAUUAGCAUUAAAAAGCAUAGAACAUUUGCAAAAGAAGAGGAUAUAAAAACAAUGAUGGAUAUAUUACCUAUAGAUUCAGAUAAUUGCAGCAACCUUGAAACACAGGAAAGACAUAAUAUGCUCACAAGAAGAAUACCUAAAACAUCGAGAAAAGUUUCUGACAACUUGCAAGAUUCAAAACAAUCAGAAAGUUUAGAAAACAUUGUUAAAAACACUACCACAAAUAACGACGAUGAAUUGAUGAGAAAAAUGACAAUGAUCACAGAAGAACAUUUGUCCAGUUUAGUGCCAAUUAUAGCGGAUCUUAUGUCGUUUGUUUCUAAUAAACAAAAUGGAGAGGUAGUGCCAAUUACAAAGUCAACCACAAAAACAUUAAUAGAUUUUCUACAGAAAUAUCAAUCACCUAAAAGCACAAAAAUUAGCACAAAUAUCAAUUGCGAUGUAUGUCAUUCUUCUGUAGAAAGCAGUUGUGAAUGUGAACAUCUUAAAACAAACAGAACUUUGACUGGAAUAGAAAAAAAUGCCAAAAAUAUGCGACUGAUUUGUAUGUCAUCGACGGAGAAUACGUCAAAGGAACCGCGUUAUUGCGACGCAUCGUGCCAAGCAAAUUGUGAAAGCUUAACAGAAUUGUCAGAUUUCGAAAUGAAGAUAAAAGAAGAAAAACGCGUAGCAAAUUCGUUGAAUAAUAUUGAACUCGUUGUUUCCGACGAAACCGAAAUGAAUUUUCUGAAAUAUAGACGUGAAUAUCAGCGUUUGAUGCAAUCAAUUCCAAUGUAUUCUAGCAUCACACAAAAUAAACCCUGGGACAUUGUCGCGUGGAUAUCCGAUAAACUCGUAGAUGAAUUAAUAGUGGAGAUUUCGAAAGAAUUACAAAUAGAUGAUGUUAUUCAGAAGUUAUUCGAGUUAGAAUUUCAGGAAUUUUAACAAUAAUGUGAAUCUCAUGCAUGUUAAAUA